AUGUGGAAUAAAGCCAUUGAACUGUCAUCCAAAUCUCACCCAGGACCUAUUGUCCACAUUAGUGACAAUCCAAUGGAUGAAGGAAAGCUUCUGAUUGGCUUUGAGUCUGGAACAGUGGUAUUAUGGGAUCUGAAGUCAAAGAAGGCGGAUUACCGAUACACACAUGAUGAGGCUAUUCACUCUGUGGCUUGGCAUCAUGAAGGAAAACAAUUUAUUUGUAGUCACUCAGAUGGUACCUUGACCAUAUGGAAUGUAAAAUCUCCUACCAAACCAUUCCAGACAAUCACUCCACACGGAAAGCAGCUGAAGGAUGGAAAGAAGCCAGAACCCUGCAAACCUAUCCUUAAGGUGGAAUAUAAAACAACUAGAGCUGGGGACCCUUUCAUCAUUCUCUCGGGAGGCUUGUCAUAUGACACUGUAGGAAGAAGACCCUGUUUAACAGUUAUGCAUGGGAAAAGUACUGCUGUGCUAGAAAUGGAUUAUUCUAUUGUUGAUUUUCUUACCCUCUGUGAAACGCCGUAUCCUAAUGACUUUCAGGAACCAUAUGCUGUAGUUGUUCUCCUAGAAAAGGACUUAGUACUGAUUGACCUUGCACAAAAUGGGUACCCUAUAUUUGAGAAUCCUUAUCCUUUGACUAUACAUGAAUCUCCGGUUACCUGUUGUGAAUAUUUUGCUGAUUGUCCUGUGGACCUCAUACCUGCACUCUAUUCAGUUGGCGCUCGACAGAAACGUCAAGGUUACAGUAAGAAGGAAUGGCCUAUCAGUGGAGGCAACUGGGGUUUGAUCACUCAGAGCUAUCCAGAGAUAAUCAUUACAGGGCAUGCUGAUGGGUCAAUCAAGUUUUGGGAUGCCUCAGCAAUAACGCUGCAAGUACUCUAUAAGCUAAAAACGGCCAAAGUAUUUGAAAAAUCACGGAAUAAAGAUGACAGGCCAAACACAGAUAUAGUAGAUGAAGAUCCAUAUGCUAUUCAGAUCAUCUCAUGGUGUCCAGAAAGUAGAAUGCUGUGCAUUGCUGGAGUUUCUGCACAUGUCAUUAUUUACAGGUUCAGCAAGCAGGAAGUCACAACAGAAGUCAUUCCGAUGCUGGAAGUACGUCUGUUAUAUGAAAUAAAUGAUGUUGAAUCUCCAGAUGGUGAGCAGGUGCCACCUUUACCAACUCCAGGCACAGGUUCCAAUCCUCAAUCCAUUGUUCCACAGUCUCAUCCAUCUACUAGUAGCAGUUCAUCUGAUGGACUUCGUGAUAAUGUCCCAUGUUUAAAAGUUAAAAAUUCUCCUCUCAAGCAGUCUCCAGGCUACCAAAUUGAGCUAGUUAUCCAGCUAGUGUGGGUGAGUGGAGAACCUCCUCAACAGAUAACUAGCUUAGCAGUCAACUCGGCGUACGGCCUAGUAGUUUUUGGAAACUGUAAUGGUAUUGCCAUGGUUGAUUACCUCCAGAAGACAGUGCUCUUGAAUCUAGGCACUAUUGAACUUUAUGGCUCCAAUGAUCCUUAUCGCAGGGAGCCACGAUCUCCCCGAAAAACUCGGCAACCAUCUGGAGGUCUUUGUGAUAUUAAUGAAGGUACAAUGGUGCCAGAGGAUCGCUGCAAAUCACCCACUUCAGGUUCUGGUUCACCAAACAAUUCUGAUGAUGAUCAAAAAAUGAAUAAUUUUAUAGAAAAGGUGAAGACCAAAAGCAGAAAGUUUUCCAAGAUGGUAGCCAAUGACAUAGCAAAGAUGUCCAGGAAGCUAAGUUUGCCAACUGAGUUAAAGCCUGAUUUAGAUGUCAAAGACAACUCUUUCAGUCGAUCCCGGAGUUCUAGUGUAACUAGCAUUGAUAAGGAGUCACGCGAGGCAAUUUCAGCUCUUCAUUUUUGUGAGACUUUCACAAGAAAGGCUGAUACAUCACCUUCCCCAUGCCUGUGGGUUGGGACCACGCUGGGUACAGUGCUUGUCAUUGUACUGAAUUUACCCCCAGGAGGAGAGCAAAGACUUCUUCAGCCAGUAAUUGUUUCUCCUAGUGGAACCAUCCUGAGGCUAAAAGGGGCAAUCUUGAGAAUGGCUUUUCUAGAUACCACAGGAUCUUUGGUCCCACCAGCACAUGAACCCUGGAGAGAACACAAUGUUCCUGAAGAUAAAGAUGAAAAAGAGAAAUCGAAAAAGCGACGACCUGUCUCAGUGUCCCCUUCUUCCUCUCAGGAAAUCAGUGAAAACCAAUAUGCAGUGAUAUGUUCAGAAAAGCAAGCAAAAGUUAUCUCACUGCCAUCCCAGAACUGUGUUUAUAAGCAAAACAUAACAGAGACUUCUUUUGUUCUUCGUGGAGACAUAGUGUCAUUGAGUAACAGUAUCUGCCUUGCAUGUUUCUGUGCCAAUGGACAUAUUAUGACUUUUAGUUUGCCAAGUUUAAGGCCACUGUUGGAUGUAUAUUACCUGCCACUCACCAAUAUGCGGAUAGCCAGAACAUUCUGCUUCACCAAUAAUGGACAAGCACUCUAUCUUGUCUCACCAACUGAGAUACAGAGGCUCACCUACAGUCAAGAAACAUGUGAAAAUCUUCAGGAAAUGUUGGGUGAGCUCUUCACUCCAGUAGAAACACCGGAAGCACCAAACAGGGGCUUCUUUAAAGGUCUGUUUGGAGGUGGGGCACAGUCACUUGACAGAGAAGAACUCUUUGGAGAAUCAGCAUCUGGGAAGGCAUCAAGGAGUCUUGCCCAGCAUAUUCCAGGGCCUGGGGGUAUUGAAGGUGUCAAAGGAGCAGCAUCUGGUGUAGUUGGUGAACUAGCACGAGCCCGGUUGGCACUAGAUGAAAGAGGACAGAAACUAGGAGAACUAGAAGAAAAAACUGCAGCUAUGCUUUACAGUGCUGAUUCUUUCUCUAAACAUGCUCAUGAGAUGAUGUUGAAGUACAAAGACAAGAAGUGGUACCAAUUCUGAUGAUGCUCAUCAAUUACAUCUGUUUAAUUUUGUCCUGAUGAAAAAAUCUUGGUUUUUCAUUAAUUUUGGCAGGACCAUUGAAAUUUAAAGGAGUAUUCACCAUUGGAUACUGUUGUUUCCUAGCACAAAUCACACACUGUUUUACCUCAGUCAUGGCUUUAACUGAGGAGCUUUAUAUUUAAAAGAAACACACAUGAAAAAACAAACUUGAGUGUUUCUUAGCUGUUGGUUAGCUGAGAGGUGGAACACAGAAGGUAACUAGAACAUGUG